GGCUGUAUACACAUCCUUAUCACUGUCGCGUGAAGGGAUCGCUCUGUGCAUACAGACUUUUACGGCCGUGUUCAUUGCUUACACGAUGAGUGCCGAUGGGGACCCGGAGAAGUCGGCCUCUUCCGAGGAUUUAGACGCUGAGAGGGAACGGACCAUGGCACGUAACAAGCAAGUGAUGACCGCGCUCGGGAUACCGGAAGCAGGCAGUGGGGCUGGGGCGUCCAAUAAGCGUCGCAAGGUAGAGCCAGCUCCGGUGCCAGCCAGAAGGUCCUCACGAGCUCAAGCCCUUAAAGCGAGGGAGCGCUUGCAGCAACAAUCUAUAGCUGUCCUGGACACAGAUACCGAUAUUGUCAGCAAUGACGACGGAGGAAAGGACCAGGUGGCCAGCCCUCGCACUGGCAAGGGAGGGCGCGGCGCUGCAGCAGCCCCGAGGGGAGGACGCACCAGCGCUCGGGGCCGCGGCGGCAGAGGAGCCGCGUCCGCAGGUGCUGCGGCGGCAGCGGCGGAUGGCGAGGACGCAGCAGGCGGCAACGGCGACGGUGACGGAGAUCGGUCGGAAGGCGUGGAGGAGGAGAGCAGCAGCAGCAGUGAGAGCGAGGAGCUGAAGAGCGAUAGCGGCCCGUCAGAGGAUGACGAGGAGGAGGAGGAGGAGGAAGAAGACAGCGAGGAGGAGGAGGAAACGGACAGGGAAGCGGCGAGAGGUCGACGGCGAGCGGGUCCCAGUCGGGGAGGCGCUGCAGCUCGCGGGAGCGCCAGAGGCAAAUCCGCAGCUGCCGCCGGUCGCGGCUCCGAACCCCCAGCCGCCGCCCGGGGCCGGCGGCCGCCACGCCAGCAGCAGCCACAACCAGCGCGGGGGCGGACCCGCGGCCGGGCUGGUGCUGGUGCGGGUACAGCGGGUGGGGGUGGCGAGGAGGGGGGCAGCAGCGGCAUGCCCCGGGAGGAGGAGCUGCUGGAGCUGUGGAGCAUGUUGGCUCCGGAUCAAGGAGUGAUCACCAAGGCGGGGGUGCUCCGUGUGGCUGGACAGCUGGGGCUGGACGACUUCGGCGAGGGACUGUUGGACGCCAUGAUGGCCUUUGUGCGUGAGAAGGUGCCGGGCGUCACGGAGGCGGCUCCCGGCCUGUCGCUGCAGCACUUCAGGAGCCUGGUGGAGGCGCUGUAUAACCCACAGCUGCCGGCAUCGCAGCAGGGGCAACAGGCGCAGCAGGGGCAACAGGCGCAGCAGGGGCAGGGGGGCAGCCUGCAGCAGGCAGCGGGUCAGGUGCAGCAGGAGGCUGCGGCGGCGGCAGCGGCGGCAGCAGCGGCGGCACCUCAGCAGGAGCCGCAACAGGAGCAGCAGCAGCAGCCGGAAGAGGAAAUGGUGUUGACUGAUGGAGUGGGGGAUGGGGCCGGAGGAGGCGCUGCCGAGGGGGCUCCGGGUCAGGGGCCGGCGAGUGUCGGAGGAGGAGGGGCGAGUGAGGGGUUGCGGGCGGAGGCAUCGGAGGGGACUGCUUGGAGGUCUGAGGAGGUGCAGGAUGGGGCGGAGGAGUGAAAGGGUGCAAGUAGCAUUGGGGCGACAGCGUCGCUAGGACGUUGCUCGGUAGGCGUCGGUAAGUAGGGUCUGGAGUAGCUCCUGCGGGGCCUUACAACUAAGAUGCCGGAGGACGUAUGCUAUUGGUGGAUCUAUGAUGGGGCCAUUGAUUGGUGUGAAAUGCCUCCCAAGCCUGUCCAGGCUGGGUAUGACAGACAUGUAAUGAUCUAAUUCACG